UAAGUAUACUACAUUCAGGUAAACUAACUCAUACUAAAUAUUUUUAGCGAAUUAAUCUUCCGGAUUGUCAUCGAUCUCUGACGACAGAUCGGAUGAUUAGUACGAUAAAAUCAUAUCGUCUUCGGAUAAUCUAACGCUGUUGAUGACGACGAACUCCUCAUCCUCAUCCGGAUCCCCCUAUUUGACAGGGCCCAGGACUAUCAGGAUGUGUGGAAUGGUGCCAGUGACUCUGAUCCGGGUCGCCAUCGGCCAAAACGAAUAUCUGAAUGCUCCACAUAUCAUCGUCACUAUCAUUGACAUAAAAGACACUUGUGGUGUCGCAUGGUCCAUAGUUUGGCUGCAAUGAAGAGAAAAAUAUAUAGUACGAGGGAUGUCCUUUAAGUUUUGCAUAUGGAAAUAAAACAACACGGCAGCAGCUUGGGAGAAAAUUGCAGAACUAUACAACUCUGCCAUAACCGAGUCACGAAUAGCUGAUCAACUCAGGUGUAAAUUCGAUGAUUUAAAAAAGAAGUACGCAAGUAUGAAGCUCACAGGAGGCAAAAUUUGUUGAGGACUGGUGAUGGUGCUGAUAGGAUAAAUAUAAAGAAACCAGUAAUUAUACUUUACGUUAGAAUUAAAAGUAUUAUUGGCUUAUCAGUGCAUGGAUUGCAGCCAUCUGUAGGUAUCAGCGAUGAUGCGUCCUUCAUUUGAAAAUAAAGAAGAAGUGUCAUCUGUUUGUAUGGAGGAGAAAAAUAAAGAUACAGAAAAUCUACAUGAAGGCGAUGUUCAUCUUGCAUCAAUGUCUAUAGUGUUAAAUAAAGAUUCUGAAAGCAACGCCAAAGUUUCAGAACACACAUGUGAGUUGCGAACACCGACUAUACCAGUACCACAGCAAUCCCCUCUGGUAGUUAAAGUGAUAAAUGAUAGGUGCUUAAUAUGUACUCAGUGCAAUGUAAUGUAUUUAUUUUAGAUUGGUCUGAUUACACAGUACCCACCAAGACAUCUACAAACAAGUAAACACAGAGUCCUUCAAGGAAAAAGAAAAAGGAUUGAAGAACAGUCCUCGAAAGAGGGCCUAACAUCUCUAAAAAGGAAGUUGUUAGAAGAAGAAGCUGCAAGAAACAAAGAACACCACGAACAAAAAAUUAAAAUUGAGCCGGAACUACACGAGUUGAAAGCUAAAAACUUGCAGCUCCAAAAUAAAAAACUAGAAAAUGAAAUUUUACUCAGAGAGGAAC